AGAAGAAGAAGAACUCAACAGCUAAUUGGCGUGACGACCCGGAAAAGUACGCCCAUUUCUGCUCGCUAUCUUCACUUCGAGAGGAUUUCUGACCACCUAAGCUAAACCAUUGACACCGAGGAUGCCAGCAAUAGAAGAUUCUUGCGGCACUAGCAGUAUUGUGGACAGCAUUUGCAGGCUAAAUCCAGAUCUGUUAUCCGAAUCAUGUCAACACGUUUUGAGUUAUCUCCGAGGGCAGAGCAGAGGAGUGGAUUCAGCUGAAGUAUUUGACAUAUUUCAGAAAGCCGGAGUCACACUUGAACACGAAUCUCUACAGAGCAUCAUCAGAUUCCUCUUAUUAACGUUCAGGUCUGCUGGGAAAAGCAAACUCUCUGCAGAUGACCUUAUGUCAAGACUGGAAGAAGGCAGCAACAAGUGGUCCAAAGCGUCGCUGCAGGUGAUUCACAACUUAUGGAGCGAGCAUGGAGAAUCGGUGCAAGUCCAGCAGGCCGUCCAGGACAUGCUCAGCGUCGGUCAGCUAGUAGACAUGCAAUGGAAGCUGGGCCUGGCCUUGAGCUCUGACACCUGCCGCUCCCUCAACUUGCCCUUUGUGACCGUCCUGUUGAAGAUCGCAGAGCCUUCGGGCCAGAUCAGUCAAAAGGCUUUCGAGAUGACCGUACCGCAGUUUCAGAACUUUCACAAGCAGAUGAAGGAGGUUGUGGCUGUUAUGGAGACUGUCUGAUGCUCCUAUUAAAGCUCUUAUUUUAGUGCUGUCAUGA